CCUGCACGUUGGAGAUUGUUCUAGAUAUUUAAUUUAACCGAAUAAAAAAGUAUGGCUUCAAGUGUCGAGCAUAAGAAACCUUUAUUUAGAAACAUUAAUGCAGAAGAAGAUGAUCCUGAAGUGACAGAAAUAGAAAGUUUAUGUGUGAAUUGCGAAAAACAGGGGAUGACAAGAUUGUUUUUCACUAAGAUCCCAUUUUUUCGUGAAGUGAUUGUGUCAUCAUUCAAGUGUGAGCACUGCGGGAACUCAAAUGCUGAGUUGCAGCCAGCUGGGAGGAUACAGGACAAGGGCGUUAAAUACACCGUCAGGAUCACCAAUGUAAAGGAUCUUAAUCGUCAGUUUGUGCAGACUGACACAGCCACAGUCUCCAUCCCAGAACUCGACUUUGAGGCUCCACCAAAUAAAGGAGCACUGACCACAGUGGAAGGCAUCAUUGACAGAGUGAUAGAGGGCCUCAAUCAGGACCAGAUCUUACGUAGGAUCCAGCACCCAGAUGAUGCAGCAAAGAUUGAUACCUUCAUAGGCAAGCUAGAGCAGUUGAAGACAUGUCAACAACCCUUUCAUAUGGUUGUGGAUGAUCCAAGUGGGAACAGCUUUAUUGAGAACCCAUUUGCCCCGAGUUCUGAUCCAGAAUCUAAGGUGGUCCACUACAAAAGGACGAAGGCACAAGAUGCAGCGUUGGGCCUGCAGGAACAGGUUGAGGAGGCGCCACGGGAAGAUGCUCCUCAGGAAUUCCAUGCUAAAGAUGAGGUUCUAAUGUUUCCUAGCAACUGUCCUGGUUGUAACUCACCCUGCCAGGUGAACAUGAAGCUUGUUGCCAUCCCCCACUUCAAGGAGGUGGUGAUAAUGGCGUUGAACUGCGAUGCCUGUGGGCUACGAGACACUGAAGUGAAGGGGGGUGGGGGUAUCGAGUCUAAGGGACGGAAAAUCAUCCUCAAAAUCACAGAUGUCAGUGAUCUCUCUAGGGACGUGCUUAGGAGUGAGAUGUGUUGUGUGAACAUUCCAGAGCUUGACUUCUCCACGGAGAUGUCGGGUAGUGCAGGGAAGUUUACCACCUUGGAGGGGCUACUUGAUGACCUUACUACGCAGCUUCGAGCAACAAACCCGUUUAUGAUGGGAGACAGCGGCCAGAAAGAUAAAAUCUCACAAAUAGACGAGUUCUGUGAUAAACUCGACAAGAUCAAGAGUGGAGAGAACCUGGAUGUGCACAUUGUGUUGGACGACAUGACGGGCAACAGUUAUCUACAGAACCUGUAUGCCCCGGAAUCAGACCCCAACAUGACGGUAGAUGAAUAUGAACGGACAUUUGAACAGAACGAGGAACUGGGACUCAACAACAUGAACACUGAGAAUUAUCAGGGAUGAUAGAAGGAGUGAUCAGACAUCUUCAUCAGGGAUAAUGGCAGGAAUGAUCAGAUAUCCAAGUCAUAAGGAAUGAUGGCAGGAAUAUAUGUAGAGGAAGUAUUCUUUUUCCAUUUGUGAUAUUAUAGUUGACAUGUCUCUGGACCGCUCUGAUAUUGAUAUUCAUAACUACUAAACAAUUGGUGAGAUUUACUGGUCACAUGAUAACCCUGGAAAAAAACAUGCAUCUGGACAUCAAGGGCAGUUGUAAUCUGAUGUAUGUGUCAUAUCACUUGUUAAGGUUUAAUAAUGAUUUUACAACAAAUGAAUAUAGAGAGGAUAUUUUUUUAAUUUUAGUGUAAGAUAGAGAUUGAUUUUCCAAUAUGAUCAUAGAAAUCAAUAUUUUCACGAGAGGCGCAGUCAAGAGUGAAAAUAUGAAUUAAUGUGAUAACAAUGGAAUUUUAUUUUGAUCUUAAACUGAAAUUCAACUACAAAAAAAUAUUGUAAAAUUUAAGAAAAUUUUAAUGGGCGAUCAUAUGAAAAGCAUGUGUGAAACAAAAUGUCAAGAAAACUUGUGACAUGAUGUUGGUGAUUUAAUUCCAUAAAAAUUCAUCCGGCAUGAAUGAAUUCAUAUGUAACUUUUAUUAAGCAACACAGGAACCAAAAGCUGUAAGUACAGUGAAAUAACAUAAGACAAAGCUAUGAUAAGCUUCCAAGAAAUAGGGACAUUUUGACAGAAUGAAGAACUUGGGACUCAACACAUGAACACAGGGAACAGCAGAAUCAUAGAACAGAGUGAAAGAUGAUCUCCACAUGUGAUAGCAUUGUUGUAUCGCCAUAUCUGUUUUAUUUGACCAUUAAUUGAUAAAUAAAUCUAGUCCCAAUCAUCACAUGUUAAAAAUGUAAAAAAAAGUGCAUACCGGUAUUUUAUUUUUAAAAUUGUUUUGAAUUUCUUUAAUGAAAAAAAGUUCGUACGGAUUUUGUAUAACAAAUGUGUGUUAUUGAUUUACCAAGAAAUAGUUUUGAAGUUCAUGUAUUAUAUUGAUGAUCAUGUGUAUGAAUUAUUUAAGCCUAUAAUGUCAUUGUGCAUUAGAUAAUGGUGAAUUUUUGGUUUCAUUUAAUAUAAUGUCAAUAUCCUUAAAAUUAUAUCAUGAUGUUCACUUACUUUUUAUUUCACUGUGCACGUUCGAUGUAAAUUUGAUAAUGUCUUAAAGCAAGUAUUUGGGACUUUAAUGAGUUGAUGUUCUUUAAUUCAAAGCAUACAAUAUAGUUAUUUUGAUGUAAACAAAAAUGAAUGAUUGUAAUUGUCAUUAUUGUUACACACAAUAAGUGCUUGUUAUUAAGUGUGUAUAUUCCAAUAGUUGAAGAUUGAAUUUUCUAUGAGCAUCUUUUUAUCAAUGUUUGCCUUUUAGGUGCUAACUAUUAAUUUUUACUUAAAUGUGGAGGAUGAGCAGGUGACUUGGAUUACAUUAGCUGUUUUAUACCUAUAUGUUUUUGAAGCAUAUUAUGGGAUUCAAUUUCUGUUACAUCUUAAUGGAAUUUAAACUAUCAUUUAAACUUUUUAUUUGAAUUGUCAGUGAAAUUCUGUAUGUUUGUCAGCAGAGGUCUUUGUUACUAGCAUUAAUGUUAUAGUGGAAUGGGUAAGGGUAGGGAAAAACGAUUUCUUCACCACAAAUACAUCCUAUUGUACAUUGAAUAUGAACUUGUCUUUGUUAUGAUUAAUAAAGAUCAACUAUAA